AAGAACCAUUUUCAUCACCAAAUUUAAAGAUGUCCAAACCAGCUGCUACUGCUGGCUCUCCCGCAGCAAGCGCUGCACCUGCUCCUUCUACAAGCAGCCCAACUGGAACUUCUCUCCCUUCAUUAUCCAUAAUCCCCACUAUUAGUGUGACAAGCGCAGCGAGUCCCUCAUCACCCACUGCAAGUGCCACUCAAUCGAGUGUUGAUCCAACGUCAACUGAUGGUGGCAGUGGUAGUGGAAGUGAUAGUGGCGGCAUGUCAGCAGGUGUAAUGAUUACCGGGAUGAUGGCUGCCACCUUAGCUAUCGUUGUCUUUAUCACCUUUAUUGUUCGUCGAAAGAUGAAUGUACUCCGAACUUCUAGACGUACAUCUCAAAAACUUUACGAUACCGAAUGUAAUGAUAUUUUUGCAGUUGGUCAACCUACUUAUUACGAAGAAAAACAUGGAUUCAAUACGCGUGGAUCGAUAAUUAAAGGGCCUAAUAAUAAUAAUUUUAACCAGAUUAACCGACCAGAUUCUAUUUUCGUGGAUCCAGGACAUUUAAACGCCAACCAUAAUACCAAUACCGGUAAUAGAGUGAGUUUCGCUCCGGUGUCAGGUCAACGUCUGAGUAUCUAUAGACAAAGCACAGGUGCCAUGUACGAACCUCCGGUUUCUUUGAUGCCAGUAAAUGGAAAUUUUAUUCCACCGUCACCUGUAG